UAGGUCGGUCGUGAGUCUUGGUCUAUAUACUAUGGGAGGGGCAGACAUCCGGAUUCUUGAUGCUCCUAAGGACGAGCUCCGUGCCUGGUGGAAUCUACUUAGUCCGACCAACCGCAAGCUAGUUGAGGGCCACAUCGGGAGGCUGCUCCCCCUACUGGAGGUCAAAGUCCGUACCGGCCUCGUUCGAGCAUUAGCGCACUUCUGGUGUCCCGAGACCUCUACCUUUAUAUUCGGUAAGCACGAGCUCACCCCGACGUUGGAAGAAUAUAGCGUGCUCAUUGGAAAACCAUUGGAGUCGGAGUUAGUCACACCACCUUUGGGAAUUGAUUCUACUUUAAUGUUGGCUGAAUUUUUGAAUGUUGGAAAAGAUGAAUUGGGAAAAGUUUUAAAAGCAAAUCGCGGCACAUGUCCUUUUUCAUUCCUAAGUCAGUGUUUUGAAAAAGCCACAUCUUUUCAAAAGGGCAAAAUCUUUUUGUUAGCAUUUUUCGGGUUCAUGAUUUUUCCUCACUGUAAGAAUGCAUGUAGUCCGUCAAUCGCAUGGUUGGUCCAACAAGUCUGUCUUGAAAAGAAUUUUGGCAACACCAUUUUAGUCGAGACUUUCAUUUCCCUCAUUAAAUUUAAGCAACAUGUUGACAAAACGUUUCAUGCCCCCCUCGAACUUUUGCAAAUUUGGUUUUUGUCUCACAUAAAAGGGUGUGGCGAUUUACUCACAAUAUCCGAGCUUAGUGAUUCUAGCCAUCCCAUUUUAAGCUAUAAAGAAAAACAAGGAAAUACACCUGAUUAUCAUUAUUCCGAAUGGAUCAUUUUCAUGAAAAACGCUAGACCCCAAGGUUUCUAUUGGCAUGCUAAUUGGUUCAAGGUCGAGGAAGCUCGGCUUACGUGUAAUGGUGUUGGACCGGUGCCACUUUUGGGCUUCACUGGCGCAAUCGAGUACUACCCUGCCAGAGUGUCCCGACAGUACCAAAUUCUCCAGGGACUCCCUCCGGCGUUACAACCGGAACUCCUCCGGGUCGACUUUGCCGAUGAUGAUAAAAACCACGAAGGGACCGUAGCUCAGCUCAAUAAGAUGUGA